AUGAAGGAGUGGGUGCUUGGGAUUUCGGAAUUUAGACUUCCACCCAGCACGAUGGCUUCCAGCACAUGCCGUCAAACCACACUUCUUGAUUGCUUGGCCAUCAUGGGUCGUGUUCGCACAAAGACUGUGAAAAAGGCAGCCCGAAUUCUCAUUGAGAGUUACUAUGGCAAACUAACUCGCGAUUUUCAUAUCAACAAGCGUGUUACUGCUGAUGUUGCUAUUGUUGGCUCUAAGCGUCUCAGAAACCGCAUUGCUGGUUACCUCACACAUCUCAUGAAGCGUAUUCAAGCUGGUCCUAUUCGUGGUAUCAGCAUUAAGCUUCAGGAGGAGGAAAGGGAGCGUCGCGAUAACUACCAGCCUGAUGUUUCGGUUCUGACCAUGAUGACAACUGAAUUGGAUCCAGUCUCCACUGCUAUGGUCAACAGUCUGACAAAGCAACCUCAGGUGCAGAGAGGCGGACGAUAA